AUGGCAUCGUUGGAGCAGAACCUACACGGACUCAAUGCUGUCUGUAACCUUGGACGAGUGGACCUCAUAUCGGAGUUUGAAUAUGACCUCUUCAUACGUCCGGACACCUGUAAUCCUCGGUUCCGUCUGUGGUUCAACUUCAUCGUCGACAAUGUGAGAACCGAUCAGAGGGUGAUAUUCAACAUUGUUAACUUCAGCAAGACCAAGAAUCUCUUCCGAGACGGAAUGACGCCACUUGUAAAGUCAACUAGUCGUCCAAAGUGGCAGCGCAUGCCCAACAAGCACGUGUACUACUACCGGUCACCGGAGCACCAGCAGCAGCACGUGCUGAGCUUCGCGUUCGCCUUCGACCGCGAGGAGGACGUGUACCAGUUCGCGCUCACAUACCCCUACUCGUACUCGCGCUGCCAGGCGCACCUCGACCUGCUCGAGCGCAAGGCUUUACCGCACUUCAAGCGAGAGCUGCUUGCUACGUCCGUGAUUUUAGCUUUGGGAGCUCAGUCCAAAAUACUUUGCUUCAACGUGUUUGAUGGUGGUUGUCACGUCUAA